AUUAUUAAAAUUAAGUUAUAUUAUAAUAAAUUUUAACUAAAAUUUUUAACUGGACGUAUAACUUAUAAAUCACUAUACUUCUGUUCUGAGAUAUCAAACUAUACUUGGGAUACUAUGAAAACUUUAAGAAGAUGUACGCCGAUAGUAUUGAAUGUAGGACAACAUGAAUUAUAUUCGAGUUCCUUAGGACAUGUGUCGGUGGCUCAACCUAAACACUCUUCAAUUCCAGAUCAUUCAGCAUCAUCACUGUCAAAUGAUGAGACCUUUGUCCCGUCUAAAAUAAACUAUUCACGUUUCAUCAAUAAGUUGUCAUCAAAACGAUCAGCGUCUCUUUUACGAGAAAUAUGUAGUAAGCUGGACCAUUUACCUCCCACUUGCAUUAAAUUUGCUAUAGGAGUACCGAAUGUAUUGACUUUUCCUUUUAAAAAAGUUAGCGUAGAACUAAUUACCGGGGAAAGUAUUGAACUUCAAGGUGAAGAACUAUCUAUUGCUUUACAAUAUCUUCCUUCACAAGGGUACCGCCCUCUUAUUAAUAUAUUACAAAAAUUGCAAGAUUCAUUUCACGGGCCUCAAAAUUGGGAAAACAGAGCUAUCAUGGUGACAUCUGGCACUCAAGAUGCAUUAUCUAAAGCUGUGGACAUGUUGAUGAGUUUUAAUGAUCCAGUGCUACUACCAGAUCCUAUAUAUUCAGGAGCAAUAGACUUGUUCAAACCUUAUGACGUUGAAAUUAUAACCAUGAAACAAGAUUCGAGUGGCAUAAUUGUGGAAGACGUUAAGAAAGUCUUGAUGGAAAGAAAGGAAAAAAUGCAAUCGAUACCAAAAGUGAUUUAUUUGAACCCUAUUGCAUCAAAUCCAGGAGGCACUACACUAACUACAAAUCGGAAACGAGAAAUUUAUCAACUUGCUUGCGAAUACAAUAUGUUAAUUCUCGAAGAUGAUCCAUAUUAUUACUUAAAUUUUGGACAGAAAAAUCCCGUCAGUCUUAUGUCCAUGGAUAUAGAAGGCCGUGUGCUUCGAUUUGAUUCUUUUUCAAAAAUCAUGAGUUCUGGGUUACGUGUUGGCUUCGUAACUGGACCCAAAAUGUUAGUUCGUCAAAUGGAGUUACACAUGCAAACAUCAUCAAUAAACGCGUCAUCAUUAUCACAAAUGCUUUUAUAUAAGCUUUUAUCAAAAUGGGGUAUAGAUGGCUUCACUUCUCAUACUAUGCAAGUCAAAAAAUUCUACCAGCAAAAAAGAGAUCACACGAUGCAAGCCGUCGAAAAAGAAUUAAAAGGAUUAGCUGAAUGGUAUGAACCUACUGGAGGAAUGUUCCUUUGGUUAAAAAUCAUCGGUCUGAAUGAUACAAAACCAUUAGUUACUUCUAGGUGUUUGAAAAAACUAGUAGUUUUAGCGCCCGGAUAUGCGUUUGCAACUAAUUAUACAAAUUCCAGUCCGUAUGUUCGAAUUUCAUAUUCUAUUGCAACACAAGAAGAAAUAGAUAGAGGAAUAUCACUAUUGGCGGAAUCUAUACGAGAAGAAUUAAAGCUAAUUUAAUGACAAACAAUCACACAAUCAAAAUAUUUUUUAAAAAAAAUAAUACUUUUUAAUACUUAAAUAUCUAUAAAUAAUUUAAAACAAUUGUGGAAACUGUAAUAAAAUACAAAUUA